AUGUCUGGGAAAAGAAGCAGUCAGACCUCCUACAGGCUAGGGAAGCAGACAUCGUCCUGCUCCACAAAAACCAAGCUGCAGGUCCCCGUGAGCCAUGUAGAGCCCAUCCUGCAGGAGCACCAGCCUGUCCAGAACCUAAGCUUCUCCAGCCAGGUCUGCCUGUCGGCCAUCCUGAAGUACGUGGCCACCAACAUUCUGGAGCUGGUGGGCAAUGAGGCCCAGCACAACUGCAGGGUCCAGAGGGCCAUGAACAACAACAUGCAGAACAGCCACCUCUUUGAGGAUGACACCACUUCUCAGCUCUGA